CUUGCAGAUCCUUAUUCACUGCUUUUUUUUGCAACAGAUUUUAUCCUUUUUUGCUUGAGCAGUGAGCAGCAGCAACCAGCUCUUACUAUGAGCAGUGGCAGCAAAUAGAUUUCCUACCGCCAGCAGAAAAUUCAUUCAUGGAGUCCAUUAUAGGGCCAGUUCUUGGAAAUGUAGUAGGUGAACAUGUAGAUUGCCACAGAAACUUCCAAAAUGAUGUGGAUGAUCUCAGAAAAAGAGUGGCAGAUCUAAAACGCAGAAGAAAUGAUAGAGUAGCAGAACUACAAAUAGUGGAUGACUCGGAAAAACAAGUUAAAGAAGAAGUGCAGGGAUGGCUUGAAGAUGCAAGGAAGGUCAUUGAAAUUGAAAUGCCAGAUAUUGAAGGACAGGUGCAGAAUGUUUCAUACUUGUCACGUGGUAACCUUGGGAGACGUGUUCGUCAAAAGAUUCAAGAAGUGAGGGAAAUUAACGAUCAAGGUAGUUUCCCUCAAGUUAUGAAUAACCUUGAAGUACUAACUCUUAAGGGUUUGCUUGGCUUGCGGGAUGUUGUGAAAGUGGAAAAAACAAGAGCAUCGCUUGCACCAACAAUAUCCCCUCACAUCUUUUCCAAUCUUAAACAGCUGAGGGUAUACAAUUGUUUAAAAUUGAAGAAGCUUUUUCCAUGGGAGCUGCUGCAGGGUCAGGGCCUCCAGAACUUGGAGCUGAUUGAGGUGAAUCAUUGUUGGGGAAUGGAGGAAAUAAUAGGAUGGGAAGAAGAAGAGGAAAGAAAUCAAACAACUACCCCAAUAUUGAUCACUCUUCCAAAAUUAAGGAUAUUGGAGUUGCAAUUCCUACUAGAUUUGAAGAGAAUCUGCUCCGAAAGAGGAAUAAUGGUUUGUGAAUCUCUCAAUAGCAUCAAUAUCAAUGCCUGUCUGAAGGUAAAGAGGAUUCCCCUUUGUCUUGGAAGGGAAAAUGCGCAACCAUCUCUUCCUGCUGUCAAAUAUAUCUCUAUUUUCAAUCCAAAAAAAUGGUGGGAAUCGUUGGAGUGGGAGAAUCCUGACGAUAAGAAUGUCAUCCUACCUUUCCUCCAAUGUAGUAGGUAAGUCUCGUUAUAUCUCCCUUUUUCUAUCACUUGCAUUCCAUUCCUUCUCUCUCACUGGUAUUUCAUAAAUAAAUGUUUGUAUCUCUUGUUUCUGAAUGAAUCCAAGUGUUAAUCUCCAUUUAUUUGCUCAAUUAUCUAAUCUUGACUGAUUUGCUAAUAAGAUGUCUGUCUCGCUAAUUCCUUUUUUGAUUAUUCACAGCUGCGACACUUGGGUAUCUAUUAAAUAUAGUUCUGUUUAGCAU